GAUUCACCAGUGAAUUUCUGGAAGGAUGGUUGCCGAACGGCAGCACCUAGUUUUCAGUCGCGAUCAACAAUAUUGCAAAACUCGAUUUAAAGAAAAAGACGUCUCUCUAGCUGUACUCACUGUUGUCUUUUGUAGUGGAAUUUUAUCAAUUCUGAUUGCGACUGGGUUUUGGGUUUUCAUUAAUCCAUUUCCAAUUACAAAAGCGGGAUAUACGCCUCUUUCAUCACCCGAUGCUUCUUCCAUCUACAAUAGCUUCAAAAACAAGUUUCCACCGAUUAAAACCGAAGAAAAUACUUGCAGCAAACGAAUAAUUGGAUACUAUUCAGGAACAUCAGAUUCUGAGAUUACAAUAAAUCAGGUUUCAAAGUUAACACAUGCAAUAUUUGCGUUCGUUCAGUUGACCUUUGAUGGGACAUUGGUUUUUCGGAACAAAAAUCGAUUUAUGGCUCUGAGAAAUAUUGCAAAAACGGAAAACUCUACAGUAAAGUUUAUGUUUUCAAUUGGCGGCCCUGGUCAUUCUCAGAAUUUCUCACCAGUGGUGAGAAACCAGGAAAAAAAGAGAAGAUUCAUUAAAUCUAUAUUCUCAUUCCUUGAGGAACAUAAACUUGAUGGAGUUGAUAUAUUCUGGAAAUGGCCGCAUCUUGCCGAUAAACACGCGUAUUCUCAGUUUUUACUCGAACUGAAUGAAAUUUUAAAAACAAGAAAAGAUUAUAUCCUAUCGAUAUUGGUUCCACCACAAGGCAUUGGUUUUGCAUCAGGAUUUAAAAUGAAUGAAAUUGUGGAAAAUGUCGACUUUAUCAAUAUAUUUGCAAUGGACUACUAUGGCCCUUGGGCUAGUGGAUGGGGCAAUCCCACGGGACCAAUUUCACCAAUUUACGGUGGAAGUGAACGAAGAGAGCAGUGGAAUGUUGAUAAUACAGCAGCAAUUUAUUCCUGCGAAACAAUGAGAUCGAGCAAAUUUAAUAUUGUGAUUCCCUUUUUCGCGAGACUUUGGAAUAAUGUCGGAAAACCCAUCGAUUUUCCCGGAAAAGAAGUUUAUAGAAACGUGACUCUUAUUGAUGGAAAAGCAGUUGGAGAGGUUUAUAUGCCGAGACGGUCUGCACUACAAAAAGGAUACAAUCUAUCAUCGUACAAUUAUGAUGACCUAUCUGAAACUGCAUUUAUCUACAAUUCAACGACAAAAGAAUAUCUAACUUUUGAAGUGAAAAGGAGCAUUGCUGCGAAACUCGACUAUGUGCAAAAUAUGAAUUUGGGAGGAGUUUGGAUUUGGCAAAUGGACAUGGAUGAUGAAUCUGAUAAAUUGUUGGAUACAGUUGUAUUUGACGAUGGGUUUUGUAGCACCAAAAAAUCAAAAGAAUACGAUUGCUCAAUGUUUUAAUCUAAUGAAAAUGGUUAAAAAUCAACUUUGUUUAAAAAUAAAAUAUAUUUUCUGCAAAAA